AGCAUGACGUCAGAAUGACGUCACUCAUCGAAGUCGGAAACGCCAUGCGAGAAAAUCAGUAAGAAAGAAAAUGUCGGGUGUUUUGAGUAUUUUUCGAGGCCUAACGCGAUUGAAAAGUGGCCUCAGAGAUUUCACAGUAUUCAUGAAAUCAAAACCCUAAGCAAUGGUCAUGGCGGAAAGGCCGAAAGGGCAAAUCCGAGUAGGAUUUUAUGAUAUCGAAAGGACUAUCGGCAAGGGAAACUUUGCAGUUGUCAAACUUGCUAAACACCGGAUAACGAAAACUGAGGCCGAAACCCUUCUCCUUUACAUACUGCCCGUGGUAUCUUCUACGAUGAAAUUGAACAGCCCGCUUUAUAACGCCCUUGUUCACACACAUACUUUUGACCCGUGGCUAUAAAAAUAAUUGACAAGACCCAACUAGAUGAAGCCAACUUAAAAAAAGUGUACAGGGAAGUCCAGAUCAUGAAACUCAUCAGUCAUAAUCAUAUCAUCAAACUCUAUCAGGUCGUCGUCUGAGUCUUAGUGAACAAAAAUCUGGAAAAUAAGACGAGACUAUAGAAACAAAGAUAACUAUACAAUCUUCCAAGUUCAUAAGCUCUCCACUAGCAGAGUGGUUACCGUGUUGGCUUGAAAAGCCUGAGAGGUCUUGAGCCAUGAAUUGGACUUCAGACCCAAGCAUACUACAAGUUCACUUUAGGGAACUGCAGGAGAGCUACGGAGAUUGUGGCACCAUCUACACAGACCGAUCUAAAAUGGAUGGAAAAGUCGCGUGUGCCUGCUCCUUUCGGAACAAAAUACCUACAUCAUGCACUCUUUUGUGCUGAAGAAAGAGGAGCCCCCACUUUGUAAUGGAAACUAAGAAUAUGUUGUAUUUGGUCUCUGAGUAUGCUCCUAAUGGGGAAAUAUUUGAUUACAUUGCCCAGCAUGGUAGAAUGUCUGAGCCAGAAGCCAGAAAAAAGUUCUGGCAGAUUUUAUCAGCUGUUGAAUAUUGUCACAAUCAUAGAAUAGUCCAUAGAGAUUUGAAAGCAGAGAAUUUGUUGUUAGAUGCCAAUAUGAAUAUCAAGAUAGCUGAUUUUGGCUUUGGUAACUUUUUUGAACCCAAUGAGCAGUUAGCCACUUGGUGUGGUAGUCCUCCUUAUGCUGCUCCAGAAGUUUAUGAAGGAAAGAAAUACUUAGGACCUCAAAUAGACAUCUGGAGUCUAGGAGUAGUGCUCUAUGUUUUGGUUUGUGGAGCCCUGCCAUUUGAUGGUGCCAAUCUACAAGUCUUAAGAGACAGAGUUCUCUCUGGACGUUUUCGGAUCCCUUAUUUUAUGUCUUCAGAAUGUGAGCAUCUUAUUCGAAGAAUGCUGGUGUUGGAGCCUAGUAAACGUUACAGUAUUGUUCAGAUACAGAGUCAUAGAUGGAUGCAGAUGGAAGGUGGCUACCCAAAGUCUGCUCCCCCAUCUCCUAUAAUUGGAUACAAUGCUAGUUGUGGGGAAUUCAAUGAACAAAUCCUGAGAAUCAUGCAGAGUUUAGGAAUAGACCAAAAGAAAACUAUGGAGGCAUUACGUAAAGAUGCUUAUGAUCACUACACAGCCAUCUAUUAUUUGUUGCUAGACAGACUGCGACACCACAGAAGUAGUUUUCCUAAUGAUGGAAGAAUAGAUGCUCGAAGAAGACGUCCUAGUACUAUUGCAGAACAAGCAAUGCUACAGAACAUACCAGGCCGGCCAUUGAUAGGAACCACCAAACAUGGUGGCUUUUCUAGAACUGUUGAUACACCUCAUGCUCACAGGAGUGAUCCAUUGAAUGAAGUGGAUGUAGUUCCCCAGCCUCCAACAGUCCCACCUUGUAUGUCUGAAAUUGUACCCCAGUCUUUCCUCAAGUCACCAGCAGUUCCACAAGGAAGCGUUAUUACAACCUCUAUUGAUGAAGGUGUAGAGGUGGACUUACUAGACAGAAGAGACUCUGAUGUUGACUCAAUUGUUGGUAGCAGCAGUGCCAGUUACCGAACAGGUGGAUCAUUCUCUGGACUGGGCAUGAGCCAGCGAUCUAGCAUGUCAAGUGGUUGUGGACACAACCAAAGUGCCACAUCUAUCAAUCUAUCUCCAUGUACAAGUGUAGACUCUAGUCUUGGUGUGGACUUCUCUCAACAAGGAUCCACACAGUUUAGUGCUGCUGUACUAGCUUUCAGUCAGGAAGGGAAUUACAUCAGCUCCAGAGGCAGUGGUAAAAUGAGUCAAGCUCAUGAUAAUCCACAUCAGCAUCUUCUGUCUCUAUAUCCAAGCUCUAUGUUAACUCAUCUCACAAACACUAGUGGUUGCAGUAUGCCCAGACAUGGACGCUACUCAAUCAGUGGCCCUUCAGGGAGUCCUUCUGCCAUGGCACUCAGACCAGAUAUGGCUAUGGGAACCCAGUUCCUACAGGUGAACCAUGAAGAGCGUCAGCCACAAAUACCCGAAGAGCUCUUACAGGAUAGAACUCAGACACGUUCACCUGUCAACUUUCGCGAAGGUCGCAGGGCAUCUGAUGGUCUUGUGGCACAGGGUAUCAUAGCAUUCAAACAGAAGCUGAAGGAAAGUAUGAGAGCUCAAGGAAUGUUGGAACUAAGACAGGAACACCAACAACUGCAGAACAUGUACAAUCCAAAAACAUCUGCUAACAACAGUUCAAUAGCAGGCUCCCCAGCAAUGAGCAGCCCAACUUCUACAACUACAGCCACAACUUGUACCAUUACAACCAUCAUGUCAACUUCUGCAGCUAGCAAGCCACCUCCACCCCACCGCAAACUCUCAGCACCUCACCAUGGAUACCGUCAGUGGUCACUGGAUGAACAGUCUCCUCAGAGGCGACGACCACUAAUGAAGAGAAUGAGUUUACCAUCAGAAACAUUUGACCUUCAACCUCACAGGUUACUAGCCUUGAAACAAGCCAUUCAGGUAGAGGAGCAGUUAGUCAGAGCUACCAGUCAAGAGAAUGUUGAUCAAAGUCCUGCUGUUGGAACUGGAGAUAUUUCUACUGACCAGCAGAGACUUCAGCAGAAAAGACAAACCUUUCAGAAACAUGGCCAGUUGGCCCAACAGUUUCAGCAGCUCAACCUAAUGACUAACACUUGUGGUACAGCAAUAUAUGGUCCACCUAUGGGACCAGGCUACUUCAGUCAAGCCAUGACACAGUUAGAUCACGUGAACAGUUCCACUCAACUUCCUGUUCCCACCAUUGUUCAGCCAGACAUACUAAACCAUACCUACAGCAACAUAGAGCAGUUGGACAAAUUACCUCCUCCUACCAUAGCUGCUCACAAUGUAUCCUCUGUCUACAAUCCAACAGGUCUAGUUGACAGCCAGGGGGAGAUGACUCCACAGCCAGGGUUACAGGAGAGCUUCCCUAGCUUGUUCCAACAGAGACUGGCUAUGUCCUCAUUUUCACACCAGCCCAUAGGAGAACAACUUCAGCACUUAGUAGUCUCUAACAGUGUAGGCUGUUCCUUUCAUCAGACCAAUACAGCCAUCAAGAUGUUCAGUGUAGAUAUGGAUAUAGGAUGCAGUGACCCUUCAAGGAUUAGCAAUAACAUUCAGACCAAAGCUGUGGGAGACUCUGACAAUAGCAAUAAUAUUGUUUUCUCUGCUACUUUCUCAUCAAACUAUCAGUCAGGUCAGGCUGAUCCAGCCACUAUGCUGCAAUCUUGGAUGAGCCCAUCUGUAUCUCCGUCCACAUGCCUCCAAGACAGUGGCUCAGACAACUCCUCCAGUGCAUCACAUGAUGGCUGUAGUAAUGCAGCCCCUCCAUCAUACUGUACUUAUCUGGUCUCUGACCAACAUAGUGUGACACAUCCAGCCAACAACGAACUCUUGUAUGACUCGACAAGUCCAAGAAUAUUACCUGCUCGAUCUUCACACAAAAAUUCAUUUUCCAAAGAUAAUGGAAUUCAAAAUGAAUCAACUGAGGUGGGGGCUCAAGGUCAUUGGCACAGACGUACAGGUGUCUUCAUGGCUGUUCAUCCUUUUCAAAAUCAGGAGAAAUUUUCUUUUCUAAGCCAGAGUUUGUCAGCCCCACAUGGGGACUGUCAGAUGACACCAAUGUCAGUGCAGUCUGACAAGUUCUCUUGUCACAGUGUCAUUGAGGCACCACCUUGUUCUCAUAACCCAACAUUAGCUCAGAUAGCUAGUGCUGGACCUUUCUGCCAACCCCAUUUAUCAAUGUCUGUUGAUGGAAAUAGUCAUAUUUCUGGAUGGAGUCAGAGUGAGGAACAGAUGGACAUGUCCUGAUACAUGCACAGUGAUAUUGAACACAUUAAACUCAUGCUCAAAUGUUGUAGGACUGGGUGACAUGCUAUCCACAAGUGUUAUGCAUCUAUCUGGCAAGCUGUUGUUCUUGUUUUUUUUGUGUUUUUUUUGUUAUUAUAUCUAAGUCGAUUUUGGGUUGGUGUACAUUUUGUUAAGGUAUCAAACAGAAAUAAAAGACAAAUUCCUUUAAGACAUUCAGUAGAACUUAAGCCAUUUAUUUCAAAUGAAUUUUUACAGCAAGUAACUAUCUUUUUUCACAUUUGGAUUUUUCUCAUUGGUGAAAAAAAUUUUUUCAGCAAAAUUUUAUUACUAAUUUUAAAUAGUUUUUUUUUCUCUUUCUUGUGAAUAAUGUGAUUAAUUGUAUGAUGUUUAUAUAGAUAUCUAGACUGACUUUGGACCUUUUUUUUUCUAAGGAAACCAUUUUAACAUCAUAGCAUUUUUUUUUAUGUAAUGGUAUUAAUCAAUCUAGGAAAUUUCUUUUACUUGGUUUUUAUGACAUAUUUCUUGUUUAAGACAGUGUUUCUCAGAAUCAUGUUACACCCCCGUGCACUGCAUCCUGAUGAUAUGGGAUGAGGAGGCGGCUGGCAGAAUUCACUUUAAGGGACAAAAGAUUCACUUUCAUUUGUAACUGCAGGAUUGUUGUUUUAAAAAUGAAAAUCUGCAACAAUAUUGACUCAGCUUUUUGAAGAAGACAUUUCAAAAUGUGAUUCAUUUAAAUCUUUAUUAAAUGCAUGAGGGAAUUCACAUGAUGUUUUCAAAAUAGACCACAUUUAAUUCUGAGUUGAUUAUACUUCGGAAAAUCAUAAUAGUUAAGUCACUGUUUGGCUGGUAAUUUGUUUUUCAGAUAGAUAUACAUAAAUUAUCAAAUUUUGAGGAAAUUCGCUAGAGCUGUCUUCAAACUCCGUGCCUGGGUUCUACUGAUGAACUUGCAAGCUAAUAUAAGAAGAAUCAUAAAUAUAACAUUCAUUAUUUAAACAUGACACUUAGGACCUAAUCAUCUUCUUUUUUGAAGUAAUGUCUGUAUCAUAUAAGAUAAGAUAAACUUGGUAUCAAGCAUUUAACCUUUAAAUGAAAAGAAAAACUUAUAAUUAAAUGUUGUAAGUUCAUCCUUUAAAAUAGACCUUAGCAGAUUUAACUGUGGGAGCUUACAAUAAUUCCCCCAACCGCAGCUUGCUAAAAGGGGGGGGGGGGGGGGGGACAUUUUUUUUUUUCAGUUUGAGGAUCCUUUGGUAAAAGUUUGUAGUUUUAUCUUUUCAUGUUUAGAUAUGAGAUAUACAAAAAAUUGCUAGACAACUAUUUGCUUUGUCAACAAAGAAGUUUUAAAAUAGUUUCAUGCAGUCUCUCUCUUUAUAUAUAGGGUUCUGUGCUGCAGGGUCAUGAAAGUUUUGAUAUGAACAUCUCCAUAAUCAGAAUUCAUUGUUUUAAAAUCAUUGUACUGACCACACUUGUUCAUUUAAAUAGUAGGGUAAAUGUUUACAUUGGUAGAGGUCUCAAACUUGUCUUUGUUAAUGAGAUUUACAUGAACAAGUGUGAUAGGAUCGUUUUGUGAUAGCCAUUGUUUUCCAUCCCUGUUUACACAUUUGGUGUAGAGCCUUCAAGACUUUUGCAAUAAAAUGAGGUUUUGUUUGGUACAUAGUAAAUUAUUGCAUUUGCUUAAGAACAGGAUUGGAUUGGUUAUUUUGGUUAUUAUUCUAUUUUCACCUGUACUUUUUUGUGAUUCAUAAGUUCACUUAGGAUUUAUUUAGGACAAGUUUGGGUACAAAUUUGUCAAAAAGUAUUUUUGUGAUUGUCAUGUUCAGUGAACAUACUAUGUAUGUAUGGUUGUAAUAUAAGAUAUUUUCUCUUUGCCAUGUUGGAACAUAGCAAUUAAUGAUGUAAUGAAAUACUACAAACUAGAAAAUAUACUUGUGUGAAUGUGUUUGCCAUGCCAGUUCUAUUCAAUGUUCCCAUUAUUCAUCAGAUAUUAGGACUGACAUAUCAGUAGAGCCUUAUACUGUGUUCAUAGGGAGCUGGUUCUCCCCCACACCCUUAACUCAUCCACUUCACAUUUUCAUUGCUAACUCCAGCAUCUGAUCACCUUUCAUUGAAACUGUUUAUUGUUGUUGAUCAAAGCAAUCAAUGAGUUGUUGAUGUCAAAACUGACUAAGCAAUUCACUCUCUUAGUAUAUUUUCUCUCCAUAAAAUGAUUGAUGUAUGGGUCAUAUAGGCCAGCCUUUGUAUUUCAAAUAGGCUUGGAGGGUCUGUUUCAAAAAUUAAAAGUUUGUUGUAUGUUUUGUUGAUUAAGAGUAGUCCCAACAAUGUUACUGUAGUUUUUGAUACAGUAGACUAUAUAUAUAUAUUGUUCUAGCAGAUUGGUUUAUAUCCACUCUCUAGUCACAUUUGUAAUAUGAAAUUGACAGUGACAACAGGAACAAAAAAUAAACUAAGUGUUUAGUGUAAAACUGUUUCUUUAUACACUGGAAGUCUUGAAGGUCAUGAGAAUGUACAGUUCAAAAUGUAUUUUGUUUCAAAACAUUACCAUAUAGUUUAAUAGUAGAGGUGCACAGUUUCAAAAGAGUGUGGACAAGUGAGUUUUGUCCCCUUCACCAAGUUACAACAUUCAUUUCACCAUCAACUAACAUAUACCAGAACUUUAGACCCAAAAAAUCAACAAUGUCUACCUAUUAGACCAGCCCCUGCUAACUAACAUUAUUAGCAAAUAUAUAUUAAAAAAAAAAAAAAACCUAGAAAACUUGUGUACAUCAUCAGCAAACAACAUCAACAUAACCCAAACUAUAAAAUGUAUCAUUUAAUUAGAUUUAAGUCGUAUAUAAAUUGCAUACAUAUUUAAAUGUAAAACUAUCAUAAUACUAAUACAUUACAUUAACAAC